GAAGAACAAUGUGUAAUGAUAGAUUGUUCAGACCUGCCAAGACCAAGGAAACGGCUAACUGAGCUCAUGAUAAAAACUGCACUUGAAAAGUCUUCUGGGAAAGAAGCUGAAUACCAAGCUGCAGCUGCCAAGGAAUGGGGUCUUCAGUUCCUACGGAGCCCCUUGGAAAUUAUACCAAGUAACGAUGGCAAACGUGUAGCUGGGAUUCGGCUAUCUGUUAACAAAGUGGAGGGUUUAGGAGAGUCUGCAAAGUUCGUGCAAACAGAAGACGUUGAAGAUCUGGAGUGUGGAUUAGUGCUGAGCAGCAUUGGCUAUAAAAGCUAUCCCAUUGACCCUUGCAUUCCAUUUGAUCAUCAACUAGGAAUUAUCCCAAAUAAUUUUGGACGGGUCCUGCAUGCACCAGGCCUUUACUGCAGUGGCUGGGUAAAAAGGGGACCGACUGGAGUCAUUGUAACCACAAUGCAUGAUGGCUUUGAAACAGCUGAGACAGUGCUGGAGGAUGUACGAUCAGGAUUACUAGAUGUGUCUGCUUCAAAAGGAGGAUCUAAAGUGAUCGAGGCUUUGCUUAAACAACGAGGUAUUCGCCCAGUUACAUUUCCUGAAUGGGAAAAGAUUGACAAUGUUGAAGUGGCAAAUGGAGAGAAAGCAGGCAAACCCAGAGAGAAACUGCUUGAUGUGCAACAGAUGAUAGAAGUGGCCAAUCAGUGAACAUGCUGCUCCAUGAUGUUCAUCGAGACUUCAUCACAUGUUUGAGAUUAGAUGUGUUCUAUGUCUGACCCUAUUCUUCUUCUUACUUAAUGCAGAACAGUUCCUCAGUUUGUGAUUUUAAAGAGGCAGAAUCAUUGAGAUUAAGAUGAGUGAGGAGGCCCAAUUGGUUUAUCUUGGGUCAUCCUUCUAAUUAAAGCCUGCUGUUCCUUUGACUGAAUCACAGAAUCCAACUGAUUCUUUACCUUUUUUUUCUUUUGAAAUUGAUCGUUCCCAGUGUGAAGAGCUUAAACUUAGGACUGACAAUGAGUUUCAUCAGUAUAAGAGUGUCCACUCCUAUUUUAAUGUUUAAUUUAAGAAAUAUUGUCCCUACUUAGCCGUUACUAAUUUGUUGUUUUAAAUCUUAAAUAUCUCCUAAAAGGUCUCCACUUUGGACGAUUCUUUAGUUUUUCCUCACAACCAGAACUAUUUGGUUUUCAAAAGAUUUUCAGCAUUGUAUUGUAGGAAGUGACCUCAAAAAGCAGCAGCAAAAUAUCCUGGACUGCCCGUUUAUUUAAAAAAAUCCUAGCCACUUUAGCUUAGUAGAACUUGUCCAUAACAUGGCAUCUUGCACUAAAAUCUGCACUGCCCUUGCAGUUUGAAUGUUAUCUUUGUGUUUUGGUGUGUAGACCAUGGGCAUGUUAAGUGUGGUCUAGGUAGAGCACUAAUUUCAGCACGGCAUCCUCUGACUCCUUCUGAUUUAGCACCAUUGUUCAGUGUUCCAUUUGUUGGUUACUAGUUUGCCAUGACUGGAUAUGUUAAUUACAGAAUUUGCUAACAGCCUUUUAAUUUUAUUUGUAACUAUUAUGACAUUUUAAACAAUAUAUUAACUAGUUCCUUCAUUUGUAACUUCCAUUUCAUUCCAUCUGACACUUUUAGAGCCCCUAAAUUUGUGUCUAACUUGUUGCUGGAUCUUGGUUUCCUCAUCAGACUCGGUGCCAUCUCUGUUUUUGAUCAGUUUUUAUUCAGCCUGAUGUUGUAAAUGAAGAGCAGCACAGAUAACAAUGCAGAUCCACUCUUCUCCAACUCUGCCCCCUCACUCCCAAUGAACAACACUGCUAGGCAGCUCUGAAAAAGGUACGUUUUUGUCUUUAGUUGUCUGUUAUCCUCAUCAACUACCACCUCUCUCCAAUCCAAACAGUAGUGUAGCUUUUGGCCAUAUAACUGGAUUGCGGAGUUCUUUCCACCCAGUUAAACUUUUUAAUACAAACCUUCAGAUCUCCUCUGUCACCGCCAGUUGUUUAUUGACUGAGUUUUCCCUUUCAUUCCCUUAAUCAGAAAAGUGUUUCAAGUUUGAAGGACUUUGUGAAGUGGUAUUUCCUGACAUUGUUUUAGCCUUGAGCAUUUUUUGUGCCCAUCUUUUGUUAUGAGCAGUAGGAGCUGCUCAUAGCUCAGCCACCUUGCACUUCAAAUGUGCUCUGGGCCUUUACAGUUUUCCUCCUGUUUUGGUGAGCAAAUCUUUAUCCAGUUGUGACUUUGUUUCUCUUGUGUCCCAUCUGUUGUAUGUCAGAAGUGGAAUCACGAAAAGCUUCAAGAGGUCAUAGGAUUUGAUGUGAUCGAUAAAUGGAGGAGGAAAUUGGAUGAGCUGUGCUGGAAGAGUAGUUUGUGCACAGAUGUUUUUAUUAAUUCACCAGAACUGAACUAACUUGUCUUGGACUGACUGAGAAAUGCUUAUUUACAAUGCAAGUAAUUGAAAACAAUUUGCAUAUCUUGUAUUUACUCUGCAUAGCGAUUGCAAAAGCCUACUUUAAAGCAGGGAAGCCAUAGGCUUGGAAAUUACAUUUUAAAAUUCCCAGUUUGAUGCCUUUUAGGUCCAUUAAUUGGGUUUGCAGGCUGAAUUUGAAGAAUUAAGUAUUCUGAUAGAAAAUGCUGGUAGAGAGAUGGCACAAUAAAGUUUGCCUUGUUAAUGCUUCCUCAGUCUUGCAUAAUUUAGAGUAAAGGUUAUCCUGCCUGUCGUUGCUGUGUAGAUCUGUAGGGGGUUAAACAGCAAUUUGUUUGCCUAAAAUUCUAGCAGUGGUAAACAUCUGAAUUUUUUUCUGUUGGAAUGUAGUUUUUUGAAUUGAAACAACUGUACUCAAGACUGGCAGUUGUUUGAUUAACAAGUUCCAGGUCAGUGCUCUGAAUCAUAAGCUUUUACAUUGGCCUCUGUAGGUUUCCUGCACCCUUGGGAGCUGACCUUGGAAAAUCCAGCAUGUUAGCUUGAGGUGGUUAGUUGUGCUAACGACUUGCACUGGGAACUGUUGGAGCAAGCAUCCCUCUUGAGGCCAAUAUGGAAGCAAUUUAACACAUCUUCACCAGUUAAUAGCAUUCCAAUUAACCCUAAAAUAACUAACAUAGGUUUUUGAGAAGAAAGGCAGCUUUUUUCUCAGUCAGAUAUAAAACUGAGGGUGAGACCUUUGAAAGUUAACAGUAUUGCUAUGGCUAAUUCAGUGAGCACUUCUUUAAAAAAAAAAUCCAUCUUGUAUAAUGUUGGGCUUUUUGCAAUUCUCAAUUUUAAGUUUGGUUUAAAUAAUUGGCAAAACACUUUUUUGUGGUUUGUUCCUCACUGGCAGAUUUAGGCAUCAUAGACAUGUUUAACAAAGUGUACAUAAUUUUUCAUGCAUUCUGGUCUGUUUUAUAGUUUUGAGCAGGAUAAAAGCAAUUCAUAAUUACGCACUUUAAAUGCCUUGAGCUUCACAGCCUGUUUCUGCGGAUGCAGCCAAGUUCCCAAUUUUUUUGUUACCAAACAAUAGAACAUUGAGACCACCCCCAAAGCGAAGCAGGCCCACACAGCUGGAGAUUGCUCUUUUAUUGAACUCACAGCUACACCGAAAUUUACCUCAAACUAAUGGACAUGAAUUUGUCUGCUGACCAGUGUUGAGUAAAUAGGUAGUUAUCGCUAAUUCUUACUGGAUGUGUGUGCUGUUGGCACAUAAUCACUUCAGACUCAAUGUCAACUGAUCCAUAAUACCUGAUAUGACAUUUUUCCAUUUCUCACCAGUACAGUGGUUGAGGGAUAGGGACGAAAGUCUCAUCAAAUUGUGGUUGCCGCUCAGUGAAGGGUCUUUUCACCUUUAUAGGUUAUGCUUGGUGCUUGAUGCCUGUAAGUGAUCCAUUAAUUGUUCUGGAUGAUAGCCAGUUUAUGCAAGUUUCUGAUUUAGAAGGUUUUACUGACUUAAACAGAUUUUUUUUAUUUACAGCUGGGGAAAUAAAUGCGGUGGAACCGUGGCUCUGCCAGAUUUUCAUGCGCAACUUUGGAAGAAAUUUAGAAGCAGUGCGCCAAUCUGUGUAGUUUGACUAGUAACAGAAUCUUCUGCUAAUUGGAGCAAUAAAGAUUUUGACAAACUUGCCAACCUGACCUGAUUGAUUAACUGUGUUUUCAAAGAAAAUUAAAAUAGUUUAUUGGCCUUUAGUUAUGUUUAGGGUUCUGGUAACCGUUUCCAUUGGAAACCGGGUUUCUAAUUUCCAAGUGUUGCUGUCAAAAUGUGUAGUUGUGGCAGGUCACCUAGUCAAUCUAAUUUGAGAGUGAAAUUUGGAAAAGAGGUUUGCUGAUAAAAUGCUGUGAAAAGUCUUUGCCUGCCACAAUUGAUUCUUGAGCAUAUCCCAAGUUUGGCAGGUAGAACCUUGAAUCUGUACAAGAGCUCUCCCUGCUGAUGCUUUGUUUUGCAUAUUAACCUACUAUAAACAGAGUCCGACUGUUCUUUUUGAUCUAUGUGCAUUGGCUGUGGCAGUCGAUAGUGUCAUGAUGUGACAUUGCAACAAAUUUUUUUUUCCUGAGAUGGCUACAUUUUGAAGCCUGAGAUUUGCAGCAAAGUGCCCUAUUGUUUGUAGGUAGUCAUCUGUAUCAUAGCUACAAGGCAGAAAUGGACCUGGACACUGUGGAUUUUGAAAGACUCAGCUGCUUGCAAUCCCAGACUGAGGUGCAACUUCUCAGUCCUAUUGGCUGUGCCUUUUUAGAACCUAUAAUGUUCUUUUUAAUCUAUUAAAACAUUACUUUUGUUUUCUUCAGUGAACUAUGUGAAAUAAGUUGUGAAAAAUGUUUUUGUACAAAUUUUGAGAUUCUGAAUGCAUUUAAAAUCAAGUUAUUAAAUAAUGCUAUUUAAUAAAAGAUAAAAUGAC